UGUCAGUGUGCUAUAAAACCGGACCUGGGUCAGAAAAUGAGGAGGAAGGGGACAUGGAGGAGGAGAUGGAGAACCCGGAGGUGGUAGAUCUGCCCGAGAAGCUCAAGCACCAGCUGCGGCACCGGGAGCUGUUCCUGUCACGGCAGCUGGAGUCCCUGCCUGCCACCCACAUCAGGGGCAAGUGCAGCGUCACACUUCUCAAUGAGACUGAGUCACUCAAGUCCUACCUGGAACGGGAGGAUUUCUUCUUCUAUUCUCUAGUCUACGAUCCACAGCAGAAGACCCUGUUGGCCGAUAAGGGGGAGAUCCGUGUGGGGAACCGGUACCAGGCUGACAUCACUGACUUGCUGAAGGAAGGUGAGGAGGACGGACGUGACCAGUCCAAGCUGGAGACCAAGGUCUGGGAGGCACACAACCCCCUCAUUGACAAGCAGAUUGACCAGUUCCUGGUGGUGGCCCGCUCCGUGGGCACCUUUGCACGUGCACUGGACUGCAGCAGCUCCGUCCGCCAGCCCAGCCUGCACAUGAGUGCUGCUGCUGCUUCCCGAGACAUCACCCUGUUCCACGCCAUGGACACGCUCCACAAGAACAUCUAUGACAUCUCCAAGGCCAUCUCGGCCCUGGUGCCCCAGGGUGGGCCGGUGCUGUGCCGAGACGAGAUGGAGGAGUGGUCGGCCUCCGAGGCCAAUCUCUUUGAAGAGGCCCUGGAGAAGUAUGGCAAGGACUUCACUGACAUCCAGCAGGACUUUCUGCCCUGGAAGUCCCUGACCAGCAUCAUUGAGUACUACUACAUGUGGAAGACGACUGACAGAUACGUCCAGCAGAAACGCUUGAAAGCAGCUGAAGCUGAGAGCAAGUUAAAGCAAGUUUAUAUCCCCAACUAUAACAAGCCGAACCCGAACCAGAUCAGCGUCAGCAGCGUCAAGGCCGGUGUGGUGAAUGGCACAGGGGCGCCAGGCCAGAGCCCCAGUGCUGGCCGGGCCUGCGAGAGCUGUUACACCACACAGUCUUACCAGUGGUAUUCUUGGGGUCCCCCUAACAUGCAGUGUCGUCUCUGUGCCUCUUGUUGGACAUAUUGGAAGAAAUAUGGUGGCUUGAAAAUGCCAACCCGCCUAGAUGGUGAGAGGCCGGGACCCAACCGCAGCAACAUGAGUCCCCACGGCCUCCCGGCCCGGAGCAGCGGGAGCCCCAAGUUUGCCAUGAAGACGAGGCAGGCUUUCUACCUGCACACAACCAAGCUGACACGCAUCGCCCGGAGGCUCUGCCGUGAGAUCCUACGCCCCUGCCAUGCCGCGCGGCACCCCUACAUGCCCAUCAACAGUGCCGCCAUCAAGGCCGAGUGCACUGCCCGGCUGCCCGAGGCCUCCCAGAGCCCGCUCGUGUUGAAGCAGGUUGUGCGCAAGCCGUUGGAAGCUGUUCUCCAGUACCUCGAGGCCCACCCACGCCCACCGAAGCCUGAGCCCAUGAGGAGCGUGGCUGGCGCACCCGGCAGCCUGACCCCCGCCAAGGCGGCCCCUGUCAUCAACAACGGCUCCCCCACCAUCCUGGGCAAGCGGAGCUAUGAACAGCACAAUGGGACAGACGGCAACAUGAAGAAGCGCCUCCUGAUGCCCAGUAGGGGAACUUACCUAGGUUUGACGAACCAUGGACAGACCAGGCACAUGGGACCAAGCCGGAACCUGCUUCUUAAUGGCAAGUCAUACCCCACCAAAGUGCGCCUGAUCCGGGGGGGCUCCCUGCCCCCCGUCAAGCGGCGGCGAAUGAACUGGAUUGACGCCCCUGAUGAUGUGUUCUAUAUGGCCACCGAGGAGACCAGAAAGGUCCGAAAGCUGCUCUCGUCAUCCGAAACAAAACGCGCUGCCCGCCGGCCCUACAAACCUAUCGCCCUGCGCCAGAGCCAGGCCCUACCCCUCCGGCCGCCGCCGCCACCACCCGUGAACGACGAGCCCAUCGUCAUUGAGGACUAGGG